AGUCCCCGCUGGGCACCCCGAGACCAUGGGGAAGCUCGUGGCGCUGGUCCUGCUGGGGGUCGGCCUGUCCUUAGUCGGGGAGAUGUUCCUGGCGUUUAGAGAAAGGAUGAAUGCCUCUCGAGAAGUGGAGCCAGUAGAACCUGAAAACUGUCGCCUUAUUGAGGAACUUGAAAAUGGCUCUGAAGAUAUUGAUAUACUUCCUAGUGGGCUGGCUUUUAUCUCCAGUGGAUUAAAAUAUCCAAGCUUGCCAAACUUUGCACCAGAUGAACCAGGAAAAAUCUUCUUGAUGGAUCUGAAUGAACAAAACCCAAGGGCACAAGCACUAGAAAUCAGUGGUGGAUUUGACAAAGAAUUAUUUAAUCCACAUGGGAUCAGUAUUUUCAUCGACAAAGAUAAUACUGUGUAUAUUUAUGUUGUGAAUCAUCCCCACAUGAAGUCCACUGUGGAGAUAUUUAAAUUUGAGGAACAACAACGUUCUCUGGUAUACCUGAAAACUAUAAAACAUGAACUUCUUAAAAGUGUGAAUGACAUUGUGGUUCUUGGACCAGAACAGUUCUAUGCCACCAGAGACCACUAUUUUACCAACUCCUUCCUGUCAUUUUUUGAGAUGAUCUUGGAUCUUUGCUGGACUUACGUUCUUCUCUACAGCCCAAGGGAGGUUAAAGUGGUGGCCAAAGGAUUUUGUAGUGCCAAUGGGAUCACAGUCUCAGCAGACCAGAAGUAUGUCUAUGUAGCUGAUGUAGCAGCUAAGAACAUUCACAUAAUGGAAAAACAUGAUAACUGGGAUUUAAGUCAACUGAAGGUGAUACAGUUGGGCACCUUUGUGGAUAACCUGACUGUCGAUCCUGCCACAGGAGACAUUUUGGCAGGAUGCCAUCCUAAUCUUAUGAAGCUGCUGAACUAUAACCCUGAGGCCCCUCCAGGAUCAGAAGUACUUCGCAUCCAGAAUGUUUUGUCUGAGAAGCCCAGGGUGAGCACCGUGUAUGCCAACAAUGGUUCUGUGCUUCAGGGCACCUCCGUGGCUUCCGUGUACCAUGGGAAAAUUCUCAUAGGCACCGUAUUUCACAAAACUCUGUACUGUGAGCUCUAGACUCCAGAUAGUAAAAAAAAAAAAAAAAAAAAAAAAAAAAAAAAAUCUACGUAUUUGCUAAAAGUAAACUGAUAAUUGUAUGAUAAGUGGAACUGUAAGUAAAUAGCAAACACCAA